CUCUACUCUAAAAAAAAAAAAUUAUAUAACUUUAUUAUAUUUUUCAACUUAACAAUCAAAUUAACAAUUAACAUCAAAUUAACAAUUUUCUCAGUUGUAAUAGCUAGCGUCUUUUACAUUUGCCUUCUUUUCUUUUCUUUCCAUCUUUUAAUUUUUUGCCUUUUUUCGAGCGAGAAGGAUCCGGCUUUUUAUUGCUGCAGUCGAUUAGAGGAUAACUCGAAAUUCUCUUUUCGUGUCACGAUUGGCAAAUCGAGUUUUAAAAAACCGGAACUAGAUCCGGAUGACGAGGAUUUGAUUUGACGAUGAUUUCUCAGGACCAUUUAGAAGUAUUUCCCACAGCGGAUCGGCAUCUCUUUUUCGUUUAAAUGCGGUUCCGGGUGAUUUGACGGUGCUUAAUAUGCUUGACUUAAUUUCACCUAGGAUAUAGUAAUUUGAAGAGAUUAAUCGAAUGUAAGAAAAUAGACAAAAAUCUUAUGGACUUGAACAAUAAUAUGAUAUAUGUAAAAUGUAUUGGACAAAUUUUCUUGUGUUGGUCAAAAAAAAAUUUAAAUUUCUAAAAUUUAUAACGAAUAUGUUUUUUUUCAGUUUAGAGAGAAAGUAACAUAUCCGCGCGCGUAUUUCCUCUUGCACGUUUUAUCUCGAGGACCGAGUGACGCAGAUGCCGUGCGUCACAUCCGUGAAAUUUCGACAAAUCCUAAGAAGACGGGAAAGUCCAAGAGUGCCCCAGCAUACGUUUUCACAUUACGCAAUGCGAAACGCGACUGCUUAUUAUGGACGAUGCGCCUGUGCAUAAUAUGGAGUCUAUUUGCCGGUUCCAUCUCGUACACCGAAGAAGUCGUGCAUUACCGCACUUAUCCAUACGGAUACAGAAACUCGCCGACGAGAGGAUGGCUACACUCCUGGGAUGCUGGACCAAGCAGAUCGGACAGGCCAGUAUAUGCCCGCAGAGAUACCCAUGUGCGCCCGUACACGCAGCUGGUGAAGGUGGAGCAAGAGCAGAGUGAUCCUUUGGCGACUAUCAGCGAAACUCUGGGCGCCUUGAACACCGUAGGCAACUAUCUUGUAAAUAUGACGAGGGGCGUCGAGAUCUCGGAUUAUCCGCCGAAGGAGCUGCCCUCAGCGUUGUACACUAUUUCCAAAAAUAUUUUGGGCCGUAACGUGACGGAUAGCAUAGCGCCCUUGGUGCGCGGCGUUGCGUUACCACUGAGACAAAUUGCAUCCUCCACACAAGCACCAUCGGUCCAACAGCAACAGGCCACGGAGGAGCUCGGGAAUAGGGACAAGGAGUCCGCUCUGUCCGCGUGCACAACGGCUGGAGGUGGACCCGGGAAGUGCCAGGAUCUCAGCAACUGUCCACAAUUGCUGCUUGAUCUCAACAAGCUGAGGCUCUCAUUCUGCUUCAAAAGUUUGAUUGUGCCAGGGGUUUGCUGCCCGGUGGACAAAAUCAGCAAUCCUUCCAUUCCCAUCACCACGUCAUCCGGGAUCGAAAUUGGACAGCCACGACCGACAAUUCGACCUACGAAAGCUCCUACACCACGACCUAUACCGCUGUACCCGGUAUCCUCGACGACGAGACCCACGACGCAUGCUGUUUCAACGCCGGAAUCGUUGAUCAACAAUACGAACUUCGAAGCAAUAGCGACGAUUGAUAACAAUUUCAUUCAAGACGACGAAGAGUGCGGAGUAAGAAAUGCGGGCAAAUAUCGAGUGGUCGGGGGCGAAGAAGCGCUACCCGGGAGAUGGCCCUGGAUGGCGGCGAUUUUCCUUCACGGCUCCCGACGAACAGAGUUCUGGUGCGGAGGAUCGUUGAUAGGUCCACGCCACAUUCUCACCGCUGCCCAUUGCACCCGAGAUCAGCGACAGAGACCCUUCGCCGCCCGUCAGUUCACCGUGCGUCUCGGUGACAUCGAUCUAGAGAGAGACGAUGAGCCCUCAUCGCCAGAGACUUACGCAGUAAAGGAAAUUCAUGCCCAUCCGAAAUUCUCGCGAGUUGGUUUUUACAACGACAUCGCCAUCCUCGAGCUCGUCAGACCUGUAAGAAGAUCGCCAUACGUGAUACCUAUUUGUUUACCGCAGUCGCGGUAUCGCGGAUAUCCAUUCGCUGGUGCCAGACCAACGGUGGUCGGCUGGGGCACCACUUAUUACGGCGGAAAGGAGAGUACCAUACAACGGCAGGCGGUUCUACCAGUGUGGAGAAACGAGGACUGUAAUGCGGCUUACUUUCAGCCGAUCACCAGCAACUUUUUGUGCGCUGGUUAUAGCCAGGGCGGCAAGGACGCGUGUCAAGGUGAUUCAGGUGGGCCGCUGAUGCUGAAAGUCGAAGGUCGAUGGACGCAGAUCGGUAUCGUUUCAUUCGGCAACAAGUGCGGCGAACCUGGCUAUCCUGGUGUGUACACGCGCGUCUCCGAAUACGUAGACUGGGCCAAAAGUAACAUGAAAUGAUGACGGAGCCAUGCGACGGGAUUGUACUUGCAUAUGUUCUCCUGAAAAAUGAAAUAUAAAUAAAUAUAGACUGAUACUUUCUGUUGAUAGAAAAAAAACCGAUAAUACAUUACCUAUAAAGUUGUUUUUCAAUAUUACAAAUUUUUUGUAAGAAAUAAGGAAAUUAAAAUAAGUAUUCAUUUCUGUGAAGUUGAAUACUAAAUUCUCAAAAUUUUAGAAAUCAAUAUAUGUGAUUUUUCUUUUUAAUUAAUUUAUUUUUUGUAGGUUUAUUUAAAAAAAGUACUUGAAGAAAUUUGAUUUGGCGUUCUAUAUCAAUUUUGCCAAGAUAUACUUCGAUAUCUGCAAAUUUGCAUAUACAAUAUACCUUUCAUCUUUCAUAAUUUUGAAAAUAUGUCAAAUAACACAUCUUGUGUAUAAAUACACACCUUCAUUAGAUUAUAAUGAAUUAUUUACGAUUUUAGGAAACGUCAAAAGGAUGUAACAUGCACCAAACAUUUGUUUCAUCAUUUUUUAUAUUUUAUUGCCUUUAUAAAUGUACAGUUAUAUUCCCUAAGUAAGUAUAGAAAUCUAUGGCAUCCAUGUUUUUGUGGAAACACUAGAAUGUGGUCGUAUGUAUAUUCAUUGAAUACAUAAUAUAUAAACUUAUAAAUAAAUUAUUAUCAUUAUACAUA